AAUAUUUGGGGAGCACUGCUACAUUUCUAAAGAAAGAAGAAAAGGAGAUGUGUAAUUUAUGCGGCAUGCAUGAUGAAUGCACUCCACUGCAGACAAAGUCCGCCAUUCAAGAUAUCAAAGCAACAGACAUUGCUGCAAGAGGGGAACAAAAUGUCAUAGAAACAGCUACUGUUUCUCCCACAAAUGGAGAGGAAAGUCAUUGCACAAACCAGGUCCAGUUGAAAAAAAAUAAAAUACAUAGGAGUUCAGAAUUAGUGGAAAAAGAAAACAAUACAUCAUUGAAUGGAGAUGUAACAGGGCAAGAAGAGUCACAGAACAAAAUGUUCCCAGAUAAUGCAGAAAAUAAAGAUGAUAAACAAAUAGAACACAUGACUAUUGAGAGCAUAAAUGGCAACAGGGAAGAGUUGCAUGACAUAAUCCAGACAACAGAAAGAGAAAUUCAAGAGAUCUCAGAAAGCCAAAGAGAAGAGAUUACCACAUCCUCAAUAACAUGUGAUAGCUCCAAUAAAUGUGUGAAUAGUCUUCCCAGUGACUCAGAGAGUCUAAAGCAAAAGAAUAACAUAAUGGAAAAGGAGUAUCUUGAUGUGCUGAGUGAUGACACUGUCCCCCAAGUGUCUUGUUAUAUUACAGCACCAGCCUAUGUUCUACAACAUUUACAAUGCAGGAUAAUUAAUAGCAUGAGUUCUUUAAUAGUGAGUGAGAAUGAAGAGUUGGUCAGCAAUGUCAUCACUGUGGAGUGCUCAGAUAUGGAAAAGAGAAUUCCAUUUCCAAUAUGCAUUGCGAUUCCAUUUACUGCACGUUACAGGGGAAAUUACAGAGAUAUCAUGGUGAAAGUGUCUGACAUAAACCUUCAAUCAAGUUAUCUAACUCCAAAUUCACUGGAAGGAAAGAGAGGAAAUUACAAGGGGACCUGUGCUGAAGUGAAAGUUUACAAGUUGGGGAUCUUUUCUGUUGUAUCUUGUUUAAAGAAAGAGUCUUUUACAGUAACAAAGAAAGGUCUUACUCAUAAGACAAGCAUGGAUUCCCGAAUAUCCUUAAAUUACCCUCCAGGAGUUUUCAACUCAUCAGUGCUUAUACAAAUAAAGGUUCAACCAGUUGACCCAUCUCUGGUGGCAUAUUUAAAAACUCAGCAAGAGACUUCCUACUCAGUACUAUCCACAAGCCCUGUGAUUCAUAUUCAGCACCCAUCAACACAUCCUUUUCAGAAGCCAGUCACUGUAUUCCUACCUUGUUCUCCACACCCUGACAAAAAAAAUCUUGGAUCUGAAAUAGAUCAUAAAAGAACAGCUUGUACCACAACAAACAGAAUCAUACCUUUAUACUUCAACAGGACAAAAAGCACUUCCAUAAGAAGACCCAGGAACAAUGCUUGUGAAUCUUUUAAAUUAUUGGGAUUCAGAAGCCGGGAGAGUGGUUGGUUUGUGCUUGAUGAUGUCGUGGUGAGGUCUGUGCAGAGUGGCUCGAUAUCAUUUGAAUUGUGUGAACAUCUAGAGAGGUUUAUCGUGCUUCACUCUUCCUCCAAUGUGGACAACAGCCAUUUGGUUUCCUUUGUGAAGUCUUUGGAGGAAGCCAUGUUCAGCACCACUGCCUGUGCUAUCCUUUAUUACCGGAAAGACAACCCACAUGGAAUUGUUAUUUUAGUGGUGCCUUCUAAAGAUUUAUACCAGGUGCUUGGGAACUUGCGCUCAGAAGCUUCUAGUGGUCCUCCAGAACCAUCUCGCCAUUUCCAAGUGAAAGAAGGAGAAUUGCUUCUUUUACGAUUUACUGGAAAUAUAUUUGCUUCAAGCAAUGGGAAGGAUUAUGGGAAAGACUACAAGCUUAUUUUUCAUUUACAAAGGAAACCUAGACUGGAACUCCAAAUCAAAGAAGUGGAUGAAUUUGGAAACUAUAGCUGCCCUCAUUAUAAGGGUGCCAUUGUAGUUUAUAAAGUACCUAAAGAAAAGAUAGUCCACAACUUGGAUGAAUCUCUGACAUUUAAUGAAAACAAUUAUCAGUUGCCAAUUUGCAAAUUAGCAUUGAGAUUACCAAAGCAUGAAAAAUUAAUCAACCGUCCACAGAGUACCAAAAGAAUUUCUACAGAUCCACUCGAAGCCCUGUGGGACAACUUGCUCUACUGGCUGGCGGAUGAGCUCUCAGAGGAGAAUGCCCUGUGUCUCUCCUCCUCGCUCCCUCUUCGCCGCAGCACCAUUCAGCUCAUCAAACUGAAGAACCCUGAUGAUCUCACAGAACAGACCCAUGAACUUCUUUGUUUUUGGAAAAGAUCACUCCCAAAUUCCACCGACAAACUUCGCCUCCUAGCUCGCCAUCUCCGCAAGAUCGGCAGGAAUGAUCUUGCAGAAGAGCUCAAAUUCAAGUGGGAAAAUAAAGUGUUCACUGAACCACAGCAGUGGUCUGAGGUGGCCGAAUUAAGCCCCACUGCUCUUGCUUUAGCCCUAGAAAAAAGGUCGUAGAUAGUUUGAAGAUGGUUUCUGUUAACAUUUUACUAGAAGUUUCCCAGUAAUGUUGUUUGAAGUGAACUGUUUGCUAGAUGCAAUAUUGAGACAAGCAGAGUGCUGACAAGCACUAAUCAGACCAUAAAAAGCAUCUGCGGGUUUGAGUCCUUGCUCAGGGUUCAGUAACGUAUGUUCUGCAAGCAAGAUUGUCUUAAGCCAAACUAAAUAGCAUUUGUAAUAGAAUAUGUCCUGUGUAUAUUUUAAUAGCUGAGGUAGCAUGUUAAGUAUAAAGGAAAGGUAAUACAUAUAUAUAUAUAUAUAUGAUAUACAGAAUUCCUUUUUAUUAUAAUCUACAUAAAAGUAAACUAGUCACUCAGAAUUCCAAGUAGCUAAUUCACAUUCUAGUUAUACUGUGGAGCCCACAGGUAACAAUGCAAAAUAAAUUAGGCUGCAGAGGCCUGAUGUUGAUGAUAGAAAAUCACUUUUAAAAAACAGCCAAGGUUGAAAUAAAUUAAAAAUAGACUAACACUUCAGCCAUUGACUGCCACAAGUUUUUAGUAAGAUACAGCCUAGAAUCUGGAAAGCCUCAUAUUUUAUUAUUAGUGAAGUGAGGCAGCAGAGAGAUGAUGGAAUAGUGGUGUCUUUUGCGCAGACUUAGGAAAACAACCUGCUACUAAACCAGUUUGACAGAAACCUUAUUACAUAAGCCCUAUAGGAUCACUAUUUUUUAAAAAGCAGCCUUAAAAAGGAAAAAAUUAAAAGAAAAAAUAGUAAUAAUUACCUAAGCCACUCCAUCAUUGAUAAUCCCUGUUAAUAUUUGUGUUUACACUUUGAGGCUUUGGUAACCCUAAAGCACUUUAGCUCCCGAAACAGCGUGACAUGGUGGUUCAUUAGAUUCUUAACGCCAAUCCACUAAUGGAAGACCAUAGGGCCUUGGAUUGCAAAUACCAAUAACUAUUAGUUUUGAUUAUGGGAACAGCUGAAAAUUAAUGAAAUUAUAUGAAGAAUUAAACUUUUAUGUGGUUCUCAUAUGUAAAGACAGGAUCUCAUUCUAUAAAUUAACCAGAGACUUAAGAUAUCUGUAUGUUAAGAAAGAGAGAAGUCCAAUUUUCAAACACAUUUCUGUCAAGAAACCUUAUAACAGUCAAGAUGUUUUAUUAUUUUUACCUGUUUCCAGAAAAGUACAAUAUUUCCCAUGUGCUCUGGGAAUGAAGGAAACAGACUGAAAUGUUCAUUGUUUUUUUGACUACAAAAUAACAGAAGACUCAAGAAAAUUAGAUUUGCCUCUUAUUCCACCACUAGAGACUACUAUUAUGAAAAUAUUUUCUCCACUUUUCUAUUUUCCUUGAAGGAAAUGUUUUUACUUCUAUGUUACAGAUGCAUCAACAUAUAAGUGCACCUAUGUGCAUGCAUAUGCACACAUGCACACUAAUACACACAGAUGUUCACACAUAGUCUUACUCACCCGCCUCCCUCUCACUCAUACACAUCUCACACACCCUCUCUCUGUCCUCACAGCCCAACAAGGGUACUCACUCAUAUAAAUGCACACGUCCCCUCGCACACACCUGUCACAAACAUGUCUGCCCCUUACACGAACAGAAACGCUCAUCCACCUGUACAACAUUCUCACAUGCAUUCACACUCACACACAAACAGCCUCCCACACUAACACACUUUUUCACAUACAACUCCCCACCAUAGACAACCUUACGCACAUACCACCUCAGAUCCACUUGUGCACUCUCACACACGGGCUUUCACAAAUGCAUCCACACCUCCCUCCCACAACUCACGCAUACACACGCUCAUUAACAUUCAUACCCCAGAGAUACAUCCACAAGUACACCAUCUCACAUUACCUGUAUACGUUCACAUCCACACUCACACAUACCCACCUGCACUGUCUCUCACACACACACAUAAAUUCCUUUACAUUCAUAACCUCACAGGCACACAUCCCUUCACACACUCGGACACACAUUUUCCCCUAGAAUUAAAAACCUUGUAUAUUAUUGCAACAAAUAGGUACAUAAAGAACAAAAUGGGUCUUCUCUGAAGCCCCUCCUCCCCCUUCAGCAAUCAGAGGGCAUGUAUGCCACGCCUACACCCUCC